AGCAGCAUUGUUGUCGGUGCCCUCUAUGAAAUUUUCGUUUUUGUGCCACCCUAUAUUAAACCAUUCAGCAAUCUUUGCUUGAAAAUUAUGUAUACAAACGUAACUUGAAAGAAACAAUAUUAACUAAUAAUAUUAAGCAUAACUAUAUUACUACUACAUUUGUCAAAAAAGAAUCGGAAACUCUUUAAUUCAAUAUCGCUUGUUAGUCCCAUUUUUUUUUGCAAAUGUCAUUUUACGUUUGUCUAUAUACGUGUGUGGAAUGUAUUUAAAAUAAUCGGAAUGUACAUGCAUUGAAUAAAAUAUCCAAGCUGAAACCACAUUCUUCGGGACUGCACUCUUGCAUUUGGGACCACUCAUAAUGGAUACAUAAAAUGGUUGGGGUCUUUGUAGUUAUAUUUUUCUUUUCGUAUUUCAGAGCACACUCAGUAGAAAUUAUAUAUAUGUAUGGAGUCUGGAUUGCCCCGAAAUAGUUUAAGACGUGAGCAACUAGCUGAACAUAUUUUUGUAAAUGUUGAAGCUGAAUAAGAAUGAUUGGAUGCCACGGAAAGGCUUUCAUUGAAAAACGGCAGAACCAAAACGGAUAAGGUUGCAAAAAACUUGAUAAUUUGUUAACCAAUGCGUCAACAAACAAUAUACGCAAGCUAUCCGAUUUCAAAGUCGUCUUAUGCUUUCUUCAAUACUGCAUUACCAUUAAAAUCUUUUAAACGAGGCACUACUUCCAAGGUGCGACAUUGAAAACAGGCCCUUGUGGUAGAAAUAGGCACAUCAAAUCCAAUAAUAUAUUACCACUCCCGGUUUGUAUUAUUAUAUCUGUGAUCGGAAAUACGGAGUCUCGAGAAGUUUCAUAUUUUACCUAUUAAUUUAACAAAUUAUUAGAUUUCGUGAAAAAAUCCUUCCUAUUUAAGGGUGCGUCGACCUCGAACGUACCUAAAGACAAUCCCAAAUUGCCGUUCCUCAAAAUUUUCAAAAAACUUCAUAUUGGCCUUUUUGGUCUUAAAGAAAGAAUGCCGAAUAUUUGCCUAGUGUAAUGCAGAUAUAGAAAUUGCUAUUGAUUUAUCAAGCAAAACAUUCCGUAAAAAAUGUUGAACUCGUUCCAAUGACACUUAAAAAAUGGCUUAUUAACAUUAAACAAAAUAUAUUUAAUGCCUAAAUCAAAACUAUCCAUUGGCUAACAUUUGCAUUCAGUAGUGAGAAACUAGUAAUGCCAAUAUUUAAUGAAGCAAAUCUGAUAAUACCAUAUCUUUAAUAUCGCCUGAGGGUAUAGAUUUGUUAUACAAAUUCCUGGCAAUGUCUUAAGAGAGAAAAAUUCUUCAUAUGCAUAAACGAAGCCCUGAAAAAUGAAAAUUUAAUAUCAGCUGUAUUGAAUAGUUUGGCAAACAACGAACAAUGUGCAACUGAAACUGUUCAUCUCCUACUCAGUUAGACCGCACAAGUCGGUCCAUUUCUGUGUUUUAGCUUCAGUAAAACUAAGUCCACUUAUAAUCAUAACACGAACAGGUUGAAAUAAUAACGGAAAUUCUGAUACAAAAAUACAAAUAUAUUCGCCACUAUGGUUGGUACACAACAAAAAAGUAGUCAUAUUCAAUUAUCUGGAACGAAUGCAAAACGUGAUGCCAACACUUUUCCCGGGAAAAGCGACAUAAAAGCAGCGCCCGUUGUACCUCAAAUCGGAAAAGCAUCUUCACCUACAAUAUCAAUACCAACACCUCAGCCCAAAGUCAAGAUGAUCAAUCAAAAUCCGAAACAGGCUGGGAUCACUCAUACCAAUUCACAUAAUUUAAGCCAUCACUCUUGUCACGGAAACAUGGUGCAAUAUUAUAGUAGUAGCUAUGGAUCACCGGGAAUUUUUCAUGAUAGUAAAAAAGAAUUGCAACCCACAGAGAAACUCGCCAAUUAUACUGGAGAUGACAAAAAUAUACAACGUAGUUUAACCAUAGAUGGAUGCGAAAUUUUAGGACCCAUUCAAGCAAUCUCUCUGCCUAAUGUUACAGCAGUCUCGCCAAAACCCGAUUUUAUUGCUGGCCUAAUUUCCAAAGAUUUGCCUUGCAGGGGUGCUAUUCUACCCAAUUAUAAAUUACAAUCGGAAUCAGAAACCCUCGAUUUAUUAAAGGAAAAAGCUCAACCUGUCAUAGAAAACGACUCUUUCACCUUUCAUGAGCAAAUAAUUAUGUCUGGCCAACAAAAAAGUGCAUUACAAGAAAAACCAAAAGUACUCGUUGUUUCCCCACAACAAGUAAUGAUAUUGUACAUGCAUAAAUUAACGCCCUAUGAGCGAACUGAAAUACUCGCGUAUCCACAGAUUUAUUUUAUUGGUGCUAAUGCAAAGAAACGCCCUGGAGUGUACGGACCAAACAAUUCGGACUAUGAUAAUGAACAAGGAGCUUAUAUUCAUAUACCGCACGAUCACGUAGCGUACCGAUAUGAAAUGCUCAAGAUAAUUGGCAAGGGCAGUUUCGGUCAGGUGAUAAAGGCCUAUGAUCAUAAGACUCACGAGCAUGUUGCCUUAAAAAUAGUGCGCAAUGAGAAGCGGUUUCAUCGGCAGGCACAAGAGGAAAUUCGAAUUCUUCAUCAUUUGCGUCGUCACGAUAAAUAUAAUACUAUGAACAUCAUACACAUGUUUGACUACUUUACAUUUCGUAAUCACACUUGCAUAACAUUUGAGCUUCUCAGCAUUAACCUUUAUGAAUUGAUUAAAAAAAAUGGAUUUAAGGGCUUCAGCCUACAGCUUGUGCGAAAAUUUGCACAUUCGCUACUCCAAUGCUUGGAUGCACUAUACAAAAAUGAGAUUAUACAUUGUGAUAUGAAACCAGAAAAUGUGCUUUUGAAACAACAAGGUCGUUCUGGUAUUAAGGUUAUUGACUUUGGUUCGUCAUGCUUCGAAAAUCAACGUAUAUAUACAUAUAUACAAUCACGAUUUUACCGUGCCCCUGAGGUUAUUUUGGGAGCAAAAUAUGGCAGAGCUAUUGACAUGUGGUCCCUGGGUUGCAUUUUGGCGGAACUAUUAUCAGGGCACGCACUGUUUCCGGGUGAAAACGAAAGCGACCAACUUGCUUGUAUUAUUGAAGUUCUCGGCAUGCCCAAUAAAACUUUACUAGCCACCUCAAAGCGAUCCAAAACGUUCUUUAGCCCAAAAGGCUAUCCACGUUAUUGCACUGUACGCACCAUGUCGGAUGGAAUGGUUGUACUAAUUGGUGGCCAGUCGCGUCGAGGAAAGCCACGAGGUCCCCCAUGCUCAAAAAGCCUUUCUAAAGCCCUGGAUGGAUGCAAGGAUCCGCUCUUUCUUAACUUUAUACGUGGUUGCUUGGAAUGGGAUGCAGAUAAACGAUUAACUCCAUCGGAGGCUCUCAAGCAUCCGUGGCUGCGCCGUCGCCUUCCCAGACCGCCAAGUAGCACAAGCGGCUGUGUUGGAAUAAACGGAGCUAGCGUCAGUGGUGAUCAGUCACCGGUAACAGGGCUCAAUAUAAGUUUGGCCAAUGAAACGACUGGAUCUUCAACCUCUGCUACAUUUGCCUCAUUAACAAUGGAAAGAGAGAACAGCAAUUGCAGCGGUCGAGUAAACCAUGGCGGAAUUUCUGAAGAAGAAUUUAAACGUACAACAAGCCUUAACGGCUGUGACGGAUCGUUACCAGCGUCAACAGCACCUAUAUUAACAGCCGACCUUUUGGCCGAUAGUUUUAAAAAUACUACUGUUAUAUCGCCACAUUUGUCAUCGUCAACGCAUUCAGCUGAUUCCGGUGGUCUCAGUACAGUCGCUCGCAGUGUCGUUACAUCCAGAUAUCCUCCGUCAUCAUUAUCGUAUUUGCCGCACAUGAAUAAUAAUGGAACUGAACGUUUAUCUAUUUUUUCUGCUUCGUUAAACAGCUCUGCCCACUCAUUAACGCAAUUGGAACCAAUCACAAACUUAGAUGUUUUUACCGUAUAUUCAGGUUCAACCACACCUAAUUUAACAGCGACCGAUACGGGUUGUGGUUUUGUUUCAGUUUCGGUUGCAGAAGAUAUGGACAUGGCAGCCUCGGCCUCUUUUGUUAAUCUCAGUAACACCUGCGCAGUGGAUAAGUCCAUCGGUAACAAUGAAAAUAAAAACUUUUCACAGCACGCUCAUAAGUUUAAAGUAUCUUCCAAAGAUAUGUAGCAAAUUGUUUGACGAUAUAUAGCUUUUUGCCAUCUAAGGGAUUGGAAGCAGUACGACUUGUUGUUAUCUGAUUUAUUAACAACACUGCCAUAGAAGUGAUAAGCUGAAGACGUCUAGAUCGUUGGCGCUGAUUUGCAUUGUACUUGCUUCAAAUUGUACAUGCACAUGCUGCAUAGAUCUCAAGCAUCUCGAAAUUAUGCACUUGAAUUAUAAGCAAAAAAUAUUGCCAUUAUUUCCUUUAAACUCACUUAACAUCUAAAAUAUACUAGUGUGGGAAAUAUACAAACUAAUUUAAAAUGUAUAGUACGAGUUUUGAAUCAAGUGUGGCAGUGAACUUUGUUAACUAUUCUUUGUACUAAGACAUCAUUAAUGAUUGCUUUUAUACCUUUUUCAGAGGGUAAUGUACAUUGGUUCAUAUUUUAUAUUUUCAAUGAACAGAUGUAAGCAUUACCGACCUUUUAUUAAGAUGAAAAUCUGAGUAUUUUGUCAAAAAGAUUUUCGUUACUGGUUUCAAAUAAAAAUUUAGUUUUCAAAACUUUCCAAAUUUAAAUAAAAAUUGAAUCAAUUUAUCAUAAAGACGAUAGAAAUGCAACAAUUGAUCGAAAAACUAUAAUUCUUUGUUUAUUUAACUAUAACCUGACUUAAUUGUAGACAUCGGUUGACAAAAACGUAAGCGCUUUUGGCUUUAAAUAUAUACAAAUCAAUAACUCAUGCAUAUUUUUUAAUUAAAGUGCCAUUAAACAUUUUCAUAACAUUGU